UUUAAAACUAUAUAAGAAUUUGCUACGUUACGGCCAAGAAUUACAAUAUACGGAUAAAAACUACUUUGCCAGACGCAUCAAGAACGAGUUUCGACAAAAUCGUGAUAUAACAGACGAAGCCGACAUACAAUUCAAUUAUAAGAGAGGAAUAUCAUUACUUGAAAAACGAGCCGUCGUUUAAAAUGCUACAUAGAUUUAAAGCUGCCUUAAAGAUCGUAGGUUACUCAAUUCGUACGAAAUUUACAGCAGAUUCUUCGAAAGUACCCGUCCUUGUAGAAACAGAGUUAAAAGAACAGUUCGUUCGAGGUAGUGGACCGGGCGGUCAAGCCGUUAAUAAGACUGCUAAUUGUGUUACACUCAAACAUUUGCCGACAGGUGUUGUUGUGAAAUGUCAUGAAACAAGAUCACUAGAAGAAAAUCGCAAGAAAGCCAGAGCCCUGUUAGUUGAUAAACUAGACAAUUUAGUGAAUGGUAUCGAUAGCGUAGAAGCACAAAGGAAAAGAUACGAAGAUAAAAAGGGAAAAGACAAGAAACGAAAACAAGUGAAAUUAAGUUUGCUUAAAGCAGAAUGGAAGAAACGUGAAAAUCUUGUUUAGAAAUAAAAAUUGUUUAUUAAAAAAGAGUUACUAAUUA